CAAAGCACCAUCAUCUGUAAAGUGUGUACGAGGAGAGCCAAGUAAACCACGUCUUGUUUUUAAACAAAAUUGGCCAGCACAUUUGUUUAUGUAACCUUUGGCUAACCAGCUAGAGUAACAUAGUGACUAUUGAAAAUACCAUACCAACUGACCUUGGGCCGCCUUUACAACAUUGUUACAACCCUGAAAAGCCGGCAGCUUGCAGCGAUGUCACUGACCUUUAGUAAACGCACAAACAUACCAACACAUAAGUCACUUCGACUCAAAAUAACAGCAGUUAGUCCAACCUCUUUGUUUGCCUUGUUGCUGUUUAUGCUAAUAACUUUAUUGAUCUUCGCUUUUGGUUCAGCCGAGGCGCAAACCGCUACAACUACGCUGGACGAUCAAUAUCUAGUGGUUGAGUAUUUGAAUACACAAGCGGUGUUAACGGACACACUUCGGCGGUAUAUUGAAGCGCUGCAGCAGAAAAUCCGUGUUAUAAAGAGCAAAACAAAUGAAAUCAAAGCCAUCAACAACGUGGCCGCCGCUGACAUGCACAAAUAUGUGAGUAAUCCCCUGAAUUCGUUGACCAUUCUGAAGCGCUUCACAUCCGACUGGCAGAUGCUGCGGCAAUAUGCUCACAAUAUUGACAGCACAACAGAAAUCGUUAAAAAUCUGACAAUUACCAGGAAGUCGUUGAAAUUCCCGACCGAAAGUGAUUUCGAUGAGGCAGCCCUUAACCUGCUGCGCAUUCAGGGCGUCUACCAGCUGGAGCCAGAGCGUUUGGCUGUGGGUGAGGUGAAUGGCAUAAAGUUGGGUCCAGCCAUGUCCUGGAGCGAUUGUCUGGAAAUCGGUCGUAAAUCAGUGAAAAAUGGCGACUUUGUGAUUGCAAAAUUUUGGAUGGAAGUGGCGCUGGGGAAGUUGCCUGCUACAGCUGGCGCGUCAAUGGCGGCGGCAAAUGCCACAGAAGGCAUGUCCUCAAGCGAGCGGCGCAGUGUGGAGGCGGAGAAUGCGCGCUUGCAGAUUAUGGAAGCGCUGGCUAUAAUCGAGUCCAAUAUGGGUAACCUGGAUAGCGCACUCGACAUCAUCAACACACUACUAAAGAAACAUCCCAAAAAUAAGAACCUGCUUAAAACCAAGACACGAGUGGAAAGAAAAUUCAGAAAACCAACGAAAAAAUCUAAAAAAGCUUCAAAGCAGAGCAAAGUAAAUAAAGUACAAAGUGACAAAUCUGUUGAAGAAUUGCUGAUUGAAGAGAUUUGUCGUGCGGCAACAAACAUCGACGCCGCCAGCAGCAGCGGCGCAUUUAGCAGCAGCGCAGCAGAUUGUCGCCUGAUUUACGGUAAUCUGCCUGAGCUGCUGCUGCAACCACUCCAAGUGGAGCUCUUAAGCCUCGAUCCAUACAUCGCCAUAUAUCACAACGUGUUGAGCGCUCAGGAAAUCAGCGACUUGCAACAGAUUAUCGCCGAUGCGGAUGACGGCGAUGAGGCAGCUGUAGCAAAGCUACUAAAGCGCAAGAGCACCACCGAGCGCUUGCAACGGGCUACAGGGCAUGCAGGGCGCAAGUGGGGCGCUUGGCAAAUGGAGCGUUGGACGUUCGAAGAUGACGUACACACAGAGACGCUGCUGCCAGCGACAACAGAAAUCAUGGCGAAUGUUCUGCUCAAUCUGCAAACAGCCAAGUUGGGGGGCGCUAUUGUCUUCCCGCAGUUGGAAUUGGGCAUCACGCUGCCGACGAAUGCCUUGCUUUAUUGGACGCAGCUGAAUGAGUACCAUCAAUACGAUUAUCGCAGCAAGCAGCAUGUCUGUCCGGUGAUUGUCGGCACACAACUCGCGGCGUAUACCAGCAUCCAAGCCUGAGGCAAACGUCCGUAUACGCUUUCAAUCGUUUGUGCCCCGCAGCAAAUUAGAAUAGUGCCGCACUGCUCCCGUUCUAGUUCGAUUUGCUUAUCAGACUGCUAUCGAUGGAAGCAAGGCCAGGGCAAGACCGAAAAGAUACUCAUAUGAUUCGAAUUAUUUAUUAUUCUGAAUAUUCAUAUUUAAAAUAACUGUACAUCUGUAUAAAGACAGACUUUGUAGAAAGAGACUUUCAUGAUAAG